CUGGGGCGGUACGUUGGGCGGGGAGGUCGCCUCCUCCUGCCUCCUGCAUCUUAUCUCCAGCCGCUCUUUGCUUUUGGCACAGUCGCAACCAUGGGUCGAUAUUGCACUGCCUGGGCGCUCCUCCUGCUCCUCGUCGCUCGUUCGGGGACCCACAGCUCGGCGGCCGAGCCCAAUAUAAGGCUGGUAGGCGGCAGCGAUCGUUGUUCAGGGAGAGUGGAGGUGUGGCACAGUGCACAGUGGGGAACGGUAUGCGACGAUGGAUGGGACACUGACGACGCCAAGGUUGUCUGCAAUGAGCUGGGCUGUCCCCCUGCCACAGCAGCAAUACAGGGGGCACACUUCGGGCAAGGCAGCGGGAAUAUCUGGAUGGAUGAUGUUGCGUGCAAUGGAAAUGAAUCCGCCCUUGACGAAUGUUCCUUUGGAGGAUGGGGGAUUCAUAACUGCGGUCACGGAGAGGAUGCAGGAGUGAAUUGUACAGUGCCUGAAGUAAGGCUGGUAGGCGGCAGCGAUCGUUGUUCAGGGAGAGUGGAGGUGCGGUACAAUGCACAGUGGGGAACGGUAUGUGACGAUGGAUGGGGCACUGAAGACGCCAAGGUUGUCUGCAAUGAGUUGGGUUGUCCCUCUGCUGCAGCAGCAGUCUCGGGGGCACGGUUCGGGCAAGGCAGCGGAAAUAUCUGGAUGGACGAUGUUGCAUGCAAUGGAAAUGAAUCUGCCCUUUGGGAAUGUUCCUUCCGAGGAUGGGGGAGUCAUAACUGCGGUCACGGAGAGGAUGCAGGAGUGAUUUGUUCAAAAGAGCCCAAUAUCAGGCUGGUAGGCGGCAGCGAUCGUUGUUCCGGGAGAGUGGAGGUGUGGCACAGUGCACAAUGGGGAACGGUAUGCGACGAUGGAUGGGACACUGAUGACGCCAAGGUUAUCUGCAGUCAGUUGGGCUGUCCCCCUGCCGCAGCAGCAAUACAGGGGGCACACUUCGGGCAAGGCAGCGGGAAUAUCUGGAUGGAUGAUGUUGCGUGCAAUGGAAAUGAAUCCGCCCUUGAAGAAUGUUCCUUUGGAGGAUGGGGGAGUCAUAACUGCAAUCACGGAGAGGAUGCAGGAGUGAAUUGUACAGAGCCCGAAAUAAGGCUGGUAGGCGGCAGCGAUCGUUGUUCAGGGAGAGUGGAGGUGCGGUACAAUGCACAGUGGGGAACGGUAUGUGACGAUGGAUGGGGCACUGAAGACGCCAAGGUUGUCUGCAAUGAGUUGGGUUGUCCCUCUGCUGCAGCAGCAAUAUCGGGGGCACACUUCGGGCAAGGCAACGGGAAUAUCUGGAUGGAUGAUGUUGCGUGCAAUGGAAAUGAAUCCGCCCUUUGGGAAUGUUCCUUCCGAGGAUGGGGGAGUCAUAACUGCGGUCACGGAGAGGAUGCAGGAGUGAAUUGUAGAGUGCCCAAAGUAAGGCUGGUAGGCGGCAGCGAUCGUUGUUCAGGGAGAGUGGAGGUGCGGUACAAUGCACAGUGGGGAACGGUAUGUGACGAUGGAUGGGGCACUGAAGACGCCAAGGUUGUCUGCAAUGAGUUGGGUUGUCCCUCUGCUGCAGCAGCAAUCUCGGGGGCACACUUCGGGCAAGGCAGCGGGAAUAUCUGGAUGGACGAUGUUGCGUGCAAUGGAAAUGAAUCCGCCCUUUGGGAAUGUUCCUUCCGAGGAUGGGAGAGUCAUAACUGCGGUCACGGAGAGGAUGCAGGAGUGAUUUGUUCAAAAGAGCCCAAUAUCAGGCUGGUAGGCGGCAGCGAUCGUUGUUCCGGGAGAGUGGAGGUGUGGCACAGUGCACAAUGGGGAACGGUAUGCGACGAUGGAUGGGACACUGACGACGCCAAGGUUGUCUGCAGUCAGUUGGGCUGUCCCCCUGCCGCAGCAGCAAUACAGGGGGCACACUUCGGGCAAGGCAGCGGGAAUAUCUGGAUGGAUGAUGUUGCGUGCAAUGGAAAUGAAUCCGCCCUUGACGAAUGUUCCUUUGGAGGAUGGGGGAUUCAUAACUGCGGUCACGGAGAGGAUGCAGGAGUGAAUUGUACAGUGCCCGAAGUAAGGCUGGUAGGCGGCAGCGAUCGUUGUUCAGGGAGAUUGGAGGUGCGGUACAAUGCACAGUGGGGAACGGUAUGUGACGAUGGAUGGGGCACUGAAGACGCCAAGGUUGUCUGCAAUGAGUUGGGUUGUCCCUCUGCUGCAGCAGCAAUACCGGGGGCACACUUCGGGCAAGGCAGCGGGAAUAUCUGGAUGGACGAUGUUGCGUGCAAUGGAAAUGAAUCCGCCCUUUGGGAAUGUUCCUUCCGAGGAUGGGGGAGUCAUAACUGCGGUCACGGAGAGGAUGCAGGAGUGAUUUGUUCAAAAGAGCCCAAUAUCAGGCUGGUAGGCGGCAGCGAUCGUUGUUCCGGGAGAGUGGAGGUGUGGCACAGUGCACAAUGGGGAACGGUAUGCGACGAUGGAUGGGACACUGACGACGCCAAGGUUGUCUGCAGUCAGUUGGGCUGUCCCCCUGCCGCAGUAGCAAUACAGGGGGCACACUUCGGGCAAGGCAGCGGGAAUAUCUGGAUGGAUGAUGUUGCGUGCAAUGGAAAUGAAUCCACCCUUGACGAAUGUUCCUUUGGAGGAUGGGGGAGUCAUAACUGCGGUCACGGAGAGGAUGCAGGAGUGAAUUGUACAGUGCCCGCAGUAAGGCUGGUAGGCGGCAGCGAUCGUUGUUCAGGGAGAGUGGAGGUGCGGUACAAUGCACAGUGGGGAACGGUAUGUGACGAUGGAUGGGGCACUGAAGACGCCAAGGUUGUCUGCAAUGAGUUGGGUUGUCCCUCUGCUGCAGCAGCAAUCUCGGGGGCACACUUCGGGCAAGGCAGCGGGAAUAUCUGGAUGGAUGAUGUUGCGUGCAAUGGAAAUGAAUCCGCCCUUUGGGAAUGUUCCUUCCGAGGAUGGGGGAGUCAUAACUGCGGUCACGGAGAGGAUGCAGGAGUGAUUUGUUCAAAAGAGCCCAAUAUCAGGCUGGUAGGCGGCAGCGAUCGUUGUUCCGGGAGAGUGGAGGUGUGGCACAGUGCACAAUGGGGAACGGUAUGCGACGAUGGAUGGGACACUGACGACGCCAAGGUUGUCUGCAGUCAGUUGGGCUGUCCCCCUGCCGCAGCAGCAAUACAGGGGGCACACUUCGGGCAAGGCAGCGGGAAUAUCUGGAUGGAUGAUGUUGCGUGCAAUGGAAAUGAAUCCACCCUUGACGAAUGUUCCUUUGGAGGAUGGGGGAGUCAUAACUGCGGUCACGGAGAGGAUGCAGGAGUGAAUUGUACAGUGCCCAAAGUAAGGCUGGUAGGCGGCAGCGAUCGUUGUUCAGGGAGAGUGGAGGUGCGGUACAAUGCACAGUGGGGAACGGUAUGCGACGAUGGAUGGGGCACUGAAGACGCCAAGGUUGUCUGCAAUGAGUUGGGUUGUCCCUCUGCUGCAGCAGCAAUCUCGGGGGCACACUUCGGGCAAGGCAGCGGGAAUAUCUGGAUGGACGAUGUUGCGUGCAAUGGAAAUGAAUCCGCCCUUUGGGAAUGUUCCUUCCGAGGAUGGGGGAGUCAUAACUGCGGUCACGGAGAGGAUGCAGGAGUGAUUUGUUCAAAAGAGCCCAAUAUCAGGCUGGUAGGCGGCAGCGAUCGUUGUUCCGGGAGAGUGGAGGUGUGGCACAGUGCACAAUGGGGAACGGUAUGCGACGAUGGAUGGGACACUGACGACGCCAAGGUUGUCUGCAGUCAGUUGGGCUGUCCCGCUGCCGCAGCAGCAAUACAGGGGGCACACUUCAGGCAAGGCAGCGGGAAUAUCUGGAUGGAUGAUGUUGUGUGCAAUGGAAAUGAAUCCGCCCUUGAGGAAUGUUCCUUUGGAGGGUGGGGCAUUCAUAACUGCGGUCACGGAGAGGAUGCGGGAGUGAAUUGUACAGUGCCCGAACUAAGGCUGGUAGGCGGCAGCGAUCGUUGUUCAGGGAGAGUGGAGGUGCGGUACAAUGCACAGUGGGGAACGGUAUGCGACGAUGGAUGGGGCACUGAAGACGCCAAGGUUGUCUGCAAUGAGUUGGGUUGUCCCUCUGCUGCAGCGGCAAUACCGGGGGCAUACUUCGGGCAAGGCAGCGGGAAUAUCUGGAUGGAUGAUGUUGCGUGCAAUGGAAAUGAAUCCGCCCUUUGGGAAUGUUCCUUCCGAGGAUGGGGGAGUCAUAACUGCGGUCACGGAGAGGAUGCAGGAGUGAUUUGUUCAGAAGAGCCCAAUAUAAGGCUGGUAGGCGGCAGUGAUCGUUGUUCAGGGAGAGUGGAGGUGUGGCACAGUGCACAAUGGGGAACGGUAUGCGACGAUGGAUGGGACACUGAUGACGCCAAGGUUGUCUGCAGUCAGUUGGGCUGUCCCCCUGCCGCAGCAGCAAUACAGGGGGCACACUUCGGGCAAGGCAGCGGGAAUAUCUGGAUGGAUGAUGUUGCGUGCAAUGGAAAUGAAUCCGCCCUUGACGAAUGUUCCUUUGGAGGGUGGGGCAUUCAUAACUGCCAUCACGGAGAGGAUGCAGGAGUGAUUUGUUCAGAAGAGCCCGAAAUAAGGCUGGUAGGCGGCAGCGAUCGUUGUUCAGGGAGAGUGGAGGUGCUAUACAAUGCACAGUGGGGAACGGUAUGUGACGAUGGAUGGGACACUGAAGACGCCAAGGUUGUCUGCAAUGAGUUGGGUUGUCCCUCUGCUGCAGCAGCAAUACUGGGGGCACACUUCAGGCAAGGCAGCGGGAAUAUCUGGAUGGAUGAUGUUGCGUGCAAUGGAAAUGAAUCUGCCCUUUGGGAAUGUUCCUUCCGAGGAUGGGGAAGUCAUAACUGCGGUCACGGAGAGGAUGCAGGAGUGAUUUGUUCAGAAGAGCCCGAAAUAAGGCUGGUAGGCGGCAGCGAUCGUUGUUCAGGGAGAGUGGAGGUGCAGUACAAUGCACAGUGGGGAACGGUAUGCGACGAUGGAUGGGACACUGAAGACGCCAAGGUUGUCUGCAAUGAGUUGGGUUGUCCCUCUGCUGCAGCAGCAAUACCGGGGGCACGCUUCGGGCAAGGCAGCGGGAAUAUCUGGAUGGACGAUGUUGCGUGCAAUGGAAAGGAAUCCGCCCUUUCGGAAUGUUCCUUCCGAGGAUGGGGGAGUCAUAACUGCGGUCACAGAGAGGAUGCAGGAGUGAUUUGUUCAAAAGAGCCCGAAAUAAGGCUGGUAGGCGGCAGCGAUCGUUGUUCAGGGAGAGUGGAGGUGCGGUACAAUGCACAGUGGGGAACGGUAUGCGACGAUGGAUGGGACACUGAAGACGCCAAGGUUGUCUGCAAUGAGUUGGGUUGUCCCUCUGCUGCAGCAGCAAUCCCAGGAGCACACUUCGGGCAAGGCAGCGGGAAUAUCUGGAUGGAUGAUGUUGCGUGCAAUGGAAAGGAAUCCGCCCUUUCGGAAUGUUCCUUCCGAGGAUGGGGGAGUCAUAACUGCGGUCACAGAGAGGAUGCAGGAGUGAUUUGUUCAAAAGAGCCCGAAAUAAGGCUGGUAGGCGGCAGCGAUCGUUGUUCAGGGAGAGUGGAGGUGCGGUACAAUGCACAGUGGGGAACGGUAUGCGACGAUGGAUGGGACACUGAAGACGCCAAGGUUGUCUGCAAUGAGUUGGGUUGUCCCUCUGCUGCAGCAGCAAUCCCGGGAGCACACUUCGGGCAAGGCAGCGGGAAUAUCUGGAUGGAUGAUGUUGCGUGCAAUGGAAAGGAAUCCGCCCUUUCGGAAUGUUCCUUCCGAGGAUGGGGGAGUCAUAACUGCGGUCACAGAGAGGAUGCAGGAGUGAUUUGUUCAAAAGAGCCCGAAAUAAGGCUGGUAGGCGGCAGCGAUCGUUGUUCAGGGAGAGUGGAGGUGCAGUACAAUGCACAGUGGGGAACGGUAUGCGACGAUGGAUGGGACACUGAAGACGCCAAGGUUGUCUGCAAUGAGUUAGGUUGUCCCUCUGCUGCAGCAGCAAUACAGGGGGCACACUUCGGGCAAGGCAGCGGGAAUAUCUGGAUGGAUGAUGUUGCGUGCAAUGGAAAUGAAUCCGCCCUUUGGGAAUGUUCCUUCCGAGGAUGGGGGAGUCAUAACUGCGGUCACAGAGAGGAUGCAGGAGUGAUUUGUUCAAAAGUGCCCGAAGUAAGGCUGGUAGGCGGCAGCGAUCAUUGUUCAGGGAGAGUGGAGGUGCGGUACAAUGCACAGUGGGGAACGGUAUGCGACGAUGGAUGGGACACUGAAGACGCCAAGGUUGUCUGCAAUGAGUUGGGUUGUCCCUCUGCUGCAGCAGCAAUCUCGGGGGCACACUUCGGGCAAGGCAGCGGGAAUAUCUGGAUGGACGAUGUUGCGUGCAAUGGAAAGGAAUCCGCCCUUUGGGAAUGUUCCUUCCGAGGAUGGGGGAGUCAUAACUGUGGUCACGGAGAGGAUGCAGGAGUGAUUUGUUCAGAAGAGAACCAAAGAGAGGAGCAGCAGCUGGCCAUGCCAGACCUGACCACAGCUGAUGGAAACAUACUCGGAGAAAAUGCAAGGGCAGAAAACGCCGAGAGCAUAGCAGAAGACACUGAGAAUGUGUUGGAAAACCAUGAAUAGCCUGCUACAGUGUGAUGAUGAUGGUACUCUGUAAAGAAGGCUGGUUGCUGAAGGUAGAUGAUUAAUUUUAUAGCAUAAUAUAGACAUUUAUUGGGAAAUAGAUGGGGAGGGUUUUUGAGUUAAAGCAGAGACGGCAAGUUCCACCACUUCGAUGGCAUUUCAGACUGCACUCGGUAUCUGAAAGCAGUCACCCCAGUCUGAGGAGCUGGGCCCUUUUCAGCAGUUGGGCCAGUGAUCGACCGGACACUUUGGAAGGGGGUGCCACUGGGGAGAGUGGGCAGACACUUACGUAGAGGCCACCCCAACCCCUUCCUGUACAUCAAUGAGAGAGCCUGUGGGUGCUCCUGGAAGGAGAGUUUCAGCGACCAAAGAUAAAGGGCUGAAGACAAAUGAAUGUAAUUAAGCUGCAGUCAGUCUGCAGGGAAAGAGCAGGCACACCAAAGGAGCCAUAUUCCUAAAGACUUGGAACAGCCUCUCUGCUUAACAUUUGGUAAGUAGCAAUUAGGUAAUGCUAGGAUAGAUAUCGAGGUACAUAAAAUUGGGGAGGAAUUUCGAGACAGGGCAUUUUUGCUGCCCUAUUUGAGCAGAUCCUCCUAGGUUGGCCUUUCCUGAUACAAAUUUAAUUUUUGUGCAGGAAGGCCAAGAAGAGGGACUGUUAGUGAGUUUUUUUUUGGGUAGAUGAUUUGUUUACACUUAAAUGACUUUGGCCACCAGACUUCUAUUUUAACAGUUUGACAAAGGACUGUGGAUUGAGUCCACCACAAUGGGCUUCCUAAAAGGUGUGAAUACCAGAUGCUUCUGGCGCCGUAGUUUGACCUAAUGCUGUAGUUUCGAAGACAAUAUUAUCUAUACAUCAAAAAUAUUGUCUUCUAUGUUAGCACGGGAAAUGUCAAAUAAAUGUAUCGUAGACUUAACUUAAAUUCCUAAAGGCUGUGGAUACCAACCCAGACAUGUUGGCGUCGGAAGGAAAGGAUGGUGUGAUAUUUUGUAUGUAGAUUCAAUAGGAAGCAUUGUCUAUGCAUUGUCUAUAACUCUUUAAGUAGUGAUUGCCUUUGUGUUUAGCAUAUAAAUAUCGAGCCCACACUGAGCUAGCAGACCUUUCUGUGGAAAGCGUCUCCGUCCGUAAGAUGCCUGCUGUACCUUGUUGUGUCGAAUAAAGAAGCUGCUUUGU